GAGUGCCCUGAGCCACUAUUAGGUAGGGAUCUCCUUCAUAAGCUACAGGCCACCAUUUCCUUUGAGACAAAUGAAGGACCAAUAGUACAAGCAGGUGGCCGAAUUUUGCUCACCAUGCCGGUAAGGGAGGAAUAUCGUCUCUAUGAAGCACCACAGAAUGUAGGCAACCCGGACUUAUUAACAAGGUGGAAGCGGGAGAUUCCAAGAGUUUGGGCCGAGACCAACCCCCCAGGGUUGGCUAAACAUGUGACCCCCAUAAUAGUCCAAUUGGUCAGCACUGCCACCCCAGUCCGAGUCCGGCAGUAUCCCAUGAGUCGGGAAGCCCAGCAUGGUAUCAGGAACCAUAUUAGACGCCUAAAAGAGGCUGGUAUCUUGGUGCCCUGCAAGUCAGCCUGGAAUACACCCCUUCUCCCGGUCCGAAAGCCUGGAACGAACGACUUCAGACCAGUGCAAGAUCUGCGAGAGGUAAAUAAGAGGGUAGAGACCAUUCAUCCCACAGUUCCCAACCCUUAUACUCUCCUCAGUCUACUGUCGCCUGAUCGAACCUGGUAUAGCGUCCUAGAUUUGAAAGAUGCCUUUUUCAGCCUCCCCUUGGCCCCACAGAGCCAACCUAUCUUUGCCUUUGAAUGGACAGACCCCGAGGAAGGUGAGUCAGGACAACUAACUUGGACCCGACUUCCCCAAGGUUUUAAAAACUCUCCGACCUUGUUUGAUGAAGCCCUAAGCAAGGACCUACUGACCUUCCGAAGUGAGCACCCUGAGUGCAGCCUCCUACAAUAUGUGGACGAUCUGCUGAUCGCUGCCUUAUCUCGAGAGGAUUGCGAAAUGGCAACCAGAGACCUACUCGAGGUACUGGGGAACUUGGGGUACCGGGUAUCGGCCAAAAAGGUUCAGCUGUGUACCCAAGAAGUAACCUACCUGGGCUACCAAAUUAAAGAAGGACGAAGGGCCCUGUCUGAGGGAAGAGUCCAGGCUAUCCUAAAGAUCCCGACCCCCACUACCAAGAGACAGGUCCGGGAAUUCCUGGGAGCGGUAGGCUACUGUAGGCUAUGGAUCCCAGGGUUCGCUGAACUAGCAAAGCCCCUCUACACCGCCACUGGAGGGGGCGACACUCCUUUGAAAUGGACUGAGAUGGAGGAAAGGGCUUUCCAGGCACUGAAGGAGUCCCUGGUAAGUGCCCCAGCUCUAGGUCUCCCAGACCUGAACAAACCGUUCCAGCUGUUUGUAGCAGAAAGUGCUGGUGUGGCUAAGGGAGUACUCACUCAAACCCUGGGGCCCUGGAAGAAGCCUGUCGCCUACCUGUCUAAACGACUGGACCCAGUAGCGGCCGGAUGGCCUGGAUGUCUGAGGACAGUGGCAGCAGCCGCCCUACUGGUGAAAGAGACUACCAAACUAACUUUUGGGCAGACCCUAGAAAUCACCACAGCCCACAAUCUUGCCAGCUUACUUCGCUCCCCUCCGGACCGAUGGAUGACCAAUUCUCGGGUCACCCAUUAUCAGGUACUGUUGUUGGACCCACCCCGCAUUACUUUCAAACAGACUGCAGCCUUAAAUCCAGCUACCUUGCUCCCCAACCCAGAGGAAGACGCCACCCAUGACUGUGGAGAAAUCUUGGAAGCCCUGACCUCAUUGAGAGCUGACCUGACGGACGUCCCGCUACCAGACGCACAGGAAACCCUCUACACGGAUGGGAGCAGCUUUGUGGAAGACGGCGUACGGUAUGCAGGUGCCGCGGUGGUCACCAGCCGGGAGGUCUUGUGGGCUGCAUCCUUGCCACAAGGGACAUCAGCCCAAAAGGCGGAGCUGAUAGCACUCAUUCAAGCACUCAAGUGGGGAGCAGGGAAAAAGAUAAAUGUGUACACCGACAGCAGGUAUGCUUUUGCCACCGUCCAUGUCCAUGGGGCACUAUAUCAAGAGAGAGGACUGCUGACGGCUGGGGGAAAAGCUAUCAAGCAUGCUCAGGAGAUACUGGCCCUGCUAGCAGCUGUUUGGGGGCCAGAGAGGGUUGCUGUCAUCCACUGUAAGGGACACCAGAAGGAUGACUCAGAAGUCUCGCGAGGCAAUCGGUUGGCAGACCAGACAGCUAGGGAAGCGGCCCAAAGACUAGUGGGGACCACGGCCCAACUGGUGGUGGCUACCCCUAUACCAGGAGAAGUGACAAAAGGACAGAAACCAGUGUACUCGAAACAGGAAGAGGAGAUGAGCCGGAGACUGGGGGGGAGAUUAAAUGAGGAAGGAUGGAUCGUCCUCCCGGAUGAUAGGAUUCUAUUACCCCAGCCACUGGGAAGACAGGUGGUCUCUCAAACGCACCAAGGUACCCAUUUUGGGGGAAACAAAUUAGCUGAACUGAUCAGUAAAUUUUAUUUGAUAAUUGGUUUGCACAGGAUCUCCCAGAGUGUGGCAGGUCGCUGUGCAACGUGUGCCAGAGUCAACGCUAACCCAGUACAAGUGAAAGGACCAGGAACCAGGUGGCGGGGGGGGAACCUGGAGAACACUGGGAAUUGGACUUCACUGAGAUGCCUGUGGCUCAAGGAGGAUAUAAGUAUCUCUUAGUCAUGGUAGAUACCUUUUCAGGGUGGACCGAAGCCUUCCCCACUAAGAAAGAGACUUCCCAGGUAGUAGUGAAACAACUGGUCUUUGAAAUUAUCCCCAGGUUUGGGCUCCCUUAUUCACUGGGGUCGGAUAAUGGCCCGGCAUUCAUUGCCAAGGUCACCCAACAAUUGGCAGAAAUUUUAAAAAUUAAAUGGAAAUUACAUUGCAUUUACCGCCCCCAGAGUUCGGGGCAAGUAGAAAGAAUGAAUAGGACUAUUAAGGAAAGCUUAACCAAGUUAAAAAUAGAGACUGGCGGGGACUGGAUUUCCCUUUUACCCUUUGCUUUGCUUAAAAGCAGGAAUACCCCAUACGUGUCUGGAUUUACUCCAUUUGAGAUUGUGUAUGGUAAACUGCCAACCUUGGUGCCCCGGGUUGAGACUGAAAAAUUGGCCGAAGUGUCACGGGGCA